AACGAGGCUCGCAAGCUGAACCACCAGGAAGUGGUGGAAGAAGAUAAAAGACUCAAAUUGCCACCGAACUGGGAGGCCAAAAAAGCUCGGCUGGAGUGGGAGCUGAAGGUGGAGGAAAAGAAGAGGGAAUGUGCAGCGAGAGGAGAGGACUACGAGCGAGUUAAACUGCUGGAGAUCAGCGCUGAGGAUGCAGAGAGGUGGGAAAGGAAAAAGAAGAGGAAGAAUCCAGAUCUGGGAUUUUCAGAUUAUGCAGCUGCUCAGCUGCGCCAGUACCAGAGGCUGACCCGGCAGAUCAAACCUGACCUGGAGGAGUACGAGAAGCUGAAGGAGCAGUAUGGGGAAGCACUUUAUCCCACCUCUGACAGUCUUCUCCAUGGAACUCAUGUGCCAACCAAGGAAGGGGUCGAUAGAAUGGUCGCAGAUCUUGAAAAGCAGAUUGAGAAGCGCGAGAAGUACAGCAGGCGCCGGCCCUACAAUGACGACGCCGACAUUGACUACAUCAACGAGAGAAAUGCCAAGUUCAACAAGAAGGCAGAGAGGUUCUAUGGGAAGUACACAGCUGAGAUCAAACAGAACCUGGAGAGAGGAACAGCUGUCUGA